GGGGAGAUGCUGGCGCGGGCACUGAUCGCCACCUACGGUGCCAGGAUGUGGCGCCCCGACCCGGACAGCGGGAAGUGGCGACUGCAGGUGAGGGACAACGUGAUGCUCUUCCAUACGGCCCCGAUUCUCUCCUCGGUGGGCGCGAUGCUGAGCAAGCUGGACAACGGCGACUGCAUGCCGCCGCUGGACCAGGAGCGCCAUCGCCACUUCCAGAUCCACUUCAAGGGUGGGGACAAGCUGAGCUUCCUCGCCCACCCGCCUCCUCUGCAAGACUUUUUGGACGACGACGAAGCUCUCCAGAGGGCCAUGGAGCUGCCGAUGGCGCGGACCGGGACGGACAUUGUCGAGGAGCUGGAAGCGGCGUCCAUGGGGCGCGCAAUGUGGCUCAUCUUCGAGAGCGUGGUGGGCAAGGCCGUGAAGAAGAUCGAGUUUGCGACGCUCAAGGAGGCCCUCACUGUCGGGAAACAGGAGCGGCCCCGUGAACAGUUCGCAAACCUACAGGGCAGCAGGUUCGCGUGGGUCGACAACUUCGCGCCGAAUCAGCGUCUGUGCAGUGCUGUUUUGCGGCAGAUCUCCGGAGGGAACACCUUGACGGCUGCGCGGAAGGGCCGGGGAGAGAACAUUUUCAGCUUCCACGGAGACUUGCUGCUCUGCACCAACGGCGUGUGGCAGGCCGAUGCCGAGUUCUUUGGCUCCGACAGGAGACGCAUCACGGGCGUCAAGUUCGAGCACAACUUUGUGGACAACCCGGCACGCCCCCACGAGCUCCUGAAGGACAACAGCGUCAAGCAGAACAUCCCUGAGAUGUUCGCGGAGUUCUGGUGGGUGGCGCGGGUAUUCUGGCUGGCGCCGCAUCCCGGGGGAGCAGACAUCACGGAGAGGGCCGCCCAGAGCACUGCUCAACCAUCCAGCAUGCCAGAGGCCUCGGAGCUAGUGCGGCGCUACCUGCAGCCCUACGUCCUCUCCAAGACAAGGCCCGCCACGUCCCAGGAGGUCGACUCGUGCAUCGCCGACCAGCUGUGUGUGAGCCCCACUGCGGUGAGGGACGAGAAGAUCUUGAUGCGGAGGGAGGGGGAGGUCAUCCCCCGAUUCGGAGCCCGGACCAGGACGCGGGUCUACGUGAGGCCGUCGCCGCGCCAAAUCAUGACGCUUGUCGUGUCGGCGUAG